AUGGGAAGCGCAGCAGCAAAUCUGCUUGGCAGACAAUUGAAAGAAAUACAAAAAGCAAAGGAUUUACCGGGCAUCAGCUGUGGACUUGUGAAGGAUAACAUUUUUGAGUGGGAUGUUAUGCUCAUGUUGAGUGACGAGUGUAAAUACUAUGGCGGAGGCAACUGGCGCUGUCUUCUCUCUUUUCCCGAAAACUAUCCACAUGCACCUCCGACGCUUACCUUUUGCGACCCAAUUCCAUUCCAUCCAAAUAUCUACGCGGAUACAGGUGUUCUCUGUAUAUCCAUUUUACAUCCAUCGGGAACAGAUGACUUUGGAUACGAGGACGCAAGCGAACGAUGGACACCAAUUCAAACACCGGAAACUAUCUUACUAAGCGUGGUCAGUCUUAUGAAUGAUCCAAAUGAUAGUAGUCCAGCAAAUGUGGACGCGGCAAAGAUGUGGAGGGAAGCACAAGCAAAUCCCAAGGGCAAAGAGAUGAGAGAGUGGAAAUCGAGAUGCAGGGCAUUAGUCAGACAGAGCUUGGGGGACUAA